GAGAAUGCCAUAAGAAAUUAUUGUGUUAUGUUAUGUUCUUACCAACUAAGGAAUCAAAGAAUCUCUUUAGGAUUUUAUCUAUCAAAGGAAACAAAAGAGUUUAAGAAAAAAAAAGAAAAGACUGUUGUGAUACCUUGGAUUUCCACACAUAAUGGAUCCAAGAAUGUACUUUGCUGCAAUGAAAGGCAGUAUGGAAGAUGGUGAUUUUUCAGUUGUUGAUCAUCUGACAAAGGAGGAAGAAAAUGGUUACCAAGUCACUCCAAAGGGAAACACAAUCCUCCAUGUGGCAGCUCUCUUUGGCCAACGAGCUUUCGUGGGAGAAGUCCUUAAGAUUAGCCCGGCGUUGUUAUGUUAUAAGAAUAAGAAAAAUGAAACUGCGCUUCACAUUGCAGCUAAUGUAGGACAAAGUGAAGUGGUGAGUGAACUACUCAGCAUACAAGGACAGGAGACAGUACUUGUGAGGAUGAAGGAUGACAUUGGAGAUACGGCCAUGCACAAGGCCGUUAGAAGUGGACACAUUGACAUUGUUAGGAUCUUGGUGAAAUUAUUACUAGAUCCUGAACACGAUUUCCCAGCAAAUAAAGCAGAGGAGACACCACUUUAUUUGGCAGCGGAGUCAGGUUUUCAUGAUGCUUUGAUUGAAAUCUUGAACGUUUGCAAAGAACCAACACAUGUUGCAGGUCCAUCCAAUCGAACACCUCUACAUGCAGCUGUGAUUCAAGAACACACGGAAUGCGCGAGAUUACUAUGGCAAUGGAAUAAACCUUUAUGUGAAGAAUCUGAUAUAUGGGGUUGGAAUUCACUACACUAUGCGGUUAAACAAGGAUUGACAGAAAUAGUUUCGGAUAUGUUGGGAUGGAAGAAAUCUUUAGCCUACCUUCCGGCAGGCAGUGAAAAUGAUUGGACUACAGCAUUUCACAUUGCAGCUAGUGAAGGUGAUGCAUUGAUGAUAUAUGAGUUAUUAAACCACUGCCUGGAUUGUUGGGACAUGGUUGAUAGCAAUGGCCAAAAUGCACUUCAUGUUGCCAUAUUGAAAGGUCAUAAUGAAACGUUGCUCAACGUGUUAUCACUGGAGUCGAUAAUUUGUGAUAGCCUUGUUGAUGAGGCAGAUAAUGAGGGGAACACUCCACUCCAUUUGCUUGCUGCCUCUGGGAACCGUGUGCCUCAAAUGAUAUUAGACCAUCCAAGCGCAAAGAAGAUGGCAUUUAACAAACAAAAUCAGACUCCACUUGACAUAGCAUUGUCUAGUACAUGGACAAUAAAGAAGGAGAAAUUGGUAGGCGAUUUGUGCAGCAUAAAUGGACGAUUGGGACAACGUGACUUCAAGGUAAAACGGAAAACAGAAACUAUUGGUAACAUACGACAGAUGAGGAAGGAGGAUGAUCAGGACAAAGCUAAGAGAGACAAAAUAGAAAUAGAAAAAAUUAUGAAGGCAGCUCAAAUACAAGUAGUUGUAGCUACUCUCCUAAUGACAGUCACGUUCGCUGCUGGUUUCACAUUGCCAGGAGGUUUAUACAACGAUGACAGUCCUAAUAAAGGGAUGGCUAUUCUAUUAAGGAAAACAGCGUUUCGUGCAUUUGUUAUUUCAGAUGUCCUGGCAUUCGCAUUCUCAGCUGGUGCAAUAUUCAUCUACUUCUUCAUGGCAGAUUGCGAUGUAGACGAAGAUGAAGAAUGUAAAAGGGACUGGUUCAAAGUUUUAAGAAGUUAUUAUUAUAUAGCAGGUAUUUUGCAACUUUUGGCAAUGGGUGCUGUUGUAAUUGCAUUUGUAACUGGUAUGUAUGCUACUUUAGCAAAUUCACUUGCACUUGCUAUUAGUGUUUGUGUCAUUGGUUGUGUCUCUUUUCUUAUGUACUUUUGGAUUAUCAUUUGGGUAGUAAAGCUACCUAUAGUAGGUAUUUUGCAACUUUUGGCAAUGGGUGCAGUUGUAAUUGCAUUUGUAACUGGUAUGUAUGCUACUUUAGCAAAUUCACUUGCUCUUGCAGUUAGGAGAUCGUGUUCUUACUAUUGGUUCACACACAUUAUGGAUGCACAUAUGUACGAUGAUGCAAUGAAAGGCAGUACGGAAUAUCGUGAUUAUUCAGCUUCUAUUCGUCUGACAAGGGAAAAAAAAAAUGGUUACCAAGUCACUCCAAAGUUGGAUCACACACACAUUAUGGAUCCAAGAAUGUACGAUGCUGCAAUGGAAGGGGAACUGGUAUAUUACAAUUUUUCAGUUGUUGAUCAUCUGACAAGGGAUGAAGAAAAUGGUUACCAAGUCACUCCAAAGGGAAACACAAUCCUUCAUGUGGCAGCUCUCUUUGGCCGACAGAAUUUUGUGAGAGAAGUCCUUAAGCGUACCCCGGCAUUGUUACUUUAUAAGAAUAAGAAAAAUGAAACUGCGCUUCACAUUGCAGCUAAUGUAGGACAAAGUGAAGUGGUAAAUGAACUGCUUAGCAUACAAGGACAGGAGACAGUACUUGUGAGGAUGACGGAUGACAUUGGAGAUACGGCCUUGCACAAGGCCGUUAGAAGUGGACACAUUGACAUUGUGAGGAUCUUGAUGAAUUUAUUACUAGAUCCUGAACACGACUUCCCAGCAAAUAAGGCAGAGGAGACACCACUUUAUCUGGCAGCGGAGUCAGGUUUUCAUGAUGCUUUGAUUGAAAUCUUGAAAGUUUGCAAAGAACCAACACAUGUUGCAGGUCCAUCCAAUCGAACACCUCUACAUGCAGCUGUGAUUCAAGAACACGCGGAAUGCGCGAUGGCACUAUUGCAUUGGAAGGGAGAUUUAUGCGAAGAAUAUGAUGUAUGGGGUUGGAAUUCACUACACUAUGCUGUUAAACAAGGAUUGACAGAAAUAGUUUCGGAUAUGUUGAGUCGGAAUAAAUCCUUAGCCUACAAACAGGCAGGCAGCGAAAAUGAGUGGACGACCACGUUUAACAUUGCAGCCAGUGAAGGUCAUGAAGCGAUGAUACAUGAGUUAUUACGACACUGCUCAGAUUGUUGGGACAUGGUUGAUAGCAAUGGCCGAAAUGCUCUUCAUGUUGCCAUAAUGAAUGAUGGAGAAUUAAUGGUCAAGUUGUUACGUGAGUUUAUAUUUUGUGAUAGCCUUGUCGAUGAGGCAGAUAAUGAUGGGAAUACUCCACUACAUUUGCUUGCUGCUUACGGGAAACAUCUGCCUCUAUCAGUAUUAUUCCAUCCAAGCGCAAAGAAGAUGGCAUUUAACAGAGAAAAUAAGACUCCACUUGACAUAGCAUCCUCUCGCACUCUCACAACAGAGAAGGAGAGAUUGGUAGCCGUUUUGCGCAAAUUUAAUGCACGAUUGGGACAACGUUGUAACUCUGAGGUACAACGUCAAAUCGAAAUACAAGAGAUGAGGAAGAAUGAUGAUGAAGCCAGAGCUAAGAGAGAGAAACUAAAAAUGGAAAAAAUUCUGAAAUCAACUGAAAUACAAAUAGUUGUUGCUACUCUAAUAAUGACAGUGGCGUUCGCAGCUGGUUUCACAUUACCAGGAGGUUUAGAGAACGAUAACGGUCCUAAUAAAGGGAUGUCGAUUCUAUUAAAGAAAACAGCAUUCCGUGUAUUUGUUAUUUCGGAUGUCCUGGCAUUUACAUGCGCUGCUGCUGCUAUAUACAUCUACUCUGUCAUGGCAAAUUGCGAUGUAGUGGCUGGUGAAAUCAACGUGCACUUGCUUAAUGAUUUACGGAUGAAUUAUGAUACAGCAAGUAAUCUGCAAGGUUUUGCAAUGGCUGCAGUUGUAGUUGCAUUUGUAACUGGUAUAUAUGCUGCUUUAGAAAAUUCACUUGGACUUGCUGUUACUGUUUGUGUCAUUGCUUGUGUCUAUUUUCCCAUCUUCGUUUAUAUUAAUAGGACUUGGAAUAUUGUAGCUAAGUUUUUUCGGGCAAUUCAUGAGUUAUUUAGAUCAUAGUCAGAAGCAGGAAGUCAGUCUUGAUAUUAUACUAAAAGCCCUAUCUUCAGACAGAGCAGAGCAGCUGGCUGGUCAAUCUCAGAGAUCGUAUCGAUCUAUGUAGCGUAUUAGAGAAACUAAUGCAUGCAUUAUUAUUAGUAUCUUGUUUGAUACAUUUUGCAAUAUGUGUUUAUACUCUAUUGUGUAUUGCGUACGUAUCACUAAUAUCAUCGAUUUUUAUGCAUUA